ACUAUUUGCUGCUACUGAGAUAACGGACACAAUGGCGGAAGCUAUCGGUAUUGCAUCUGGGCUGCUGGCGUUGAGCCAAUUUGCCUUCCAAUCUAGCGUUUCCCUCUAUGAGACAAUCAACAGCUACCAAUCUCACCAGCAGCGUGUGCGCGAGCUCGCAGAGGAGGCAAGCGCCCUCAGUGGUGUGCUGGGUUCGCUGGUCGACACAGUCAAGGCGACAACGGACAUUGACCUUUCUUCGCUCGAGAUGCCUCUGCGACAGUGCGACAAGGCCUGCCAAACAUUUGAGCAGCAGAUAAAGAAGGUCUCGUCAAGAUCUACUGGUGCUCGAGCCAGCGUUCGAGAUUGGGCAAGGCUGCGAUACAUGGGAGAAGAUAUGGAUGGCUUCAGGAGACUGCUGGCCAGCUACAAGAUGACCAUCAUGGUAGCCCUCACAGACGCAAACCUGCGCAGAUCAGCCAUCACAUCUGAAAACAUAGAAGGCUAUAAUGACCUCCUAUGCAGCGCCAGGGAGGAUUUGGAGGACCGCCUCGAGAGGAUAGAUGAAAGGCUUGACACCUUGCUUGGGGGAAGAAGCGGGUCGGAAUCCGUAUCAGACACAACUGAGCUGAUGCAGAUCAAGGAGGAGAAAUUGAGCACGGAGAAGAGUCUAGCAAUUUGCGCCCAGCUCUCUAUGCAUAUCAGCCAACUUCAAGUCCAGUAUGCGACAUAUCCUGCCGCAGGCACCGGCGGCGGCACCGACAAGGCCUCUAUAUCCGAAAAAAUCACAAACGAGGGCCUGCAAGAGUGUCAGCACAGCCUUUCUCGCAUGGCAGCGAAGCUGAGGGAGCAUGAAAGGCUUCUUUUCAGUCGGCUCACAGAAAAGAUGAAGGCCUCUAGCUCGACCCCGGAGGAAGCAGCAGAUAUUGCCCGAUUAAGGGAUGAGUGGGAGUCUACCUUUGAGUCCAUGAAUAUCCUAUCCAAGGCGGGCUCUUAUUUUGAGAAAGAAACCAGCGUCAUAGAGAACCAUGCGACUGGCGACGCUCACCAGGUCAUGGUCACCACCGACGAGAAGACCCUUCAUGGAACAAAUCGUGGUCUCGGAUGGAGAUCGAGGCAGAUCGGCGGGCGCAUGAACGACGAGACUGUGCGGCAGAUAUCGCGAGACAUGGUGACGGUCACAAUCAAGAACGUGUAUGACAAUGAGCCGCCUGCGCGCGGCGGCACUCCAACAACAGGGCCGGCUGGUAGGGAGCCUGCCAGUCGACACGCCGAAUUCCAUGAAAGAUACGGAGAAGGGUUCAAGUUGACAGCUAUGAAAUAACUAUUCUGCAAGUGUAUUUCUAGCGUCUCUUCAAGUUAUUUCUAGAUAUUCUUUUCGAAUACGGAUAAUUAUGUGUGAUCUC